GUUAAAGUAGCCUAAAAAAGACUUCAAAUCUGCCAAGCAAAAUCUCCAGAUUUCGAGAUCGACGUCAACAAUGGAUUCUGCGCCGACGGCCAGAGUCUAGGUUCUACAGCCCGAGCCAACAUCCUGUAGAUGGACUGUGAGAGACCCGACACACCCAGGUGACCGCAGUCACCCUGAAGCGAUCAUGUCGUCGCAGUAUACCACGGAACCCCCACCAACCGCAUCCGUCCUCCUCCAUACCACUGCCGGCCCUCUAACCAUAUCGCUCUUCGCAAGUCAAACACCCUUGACAUGCAGGAACUUCCUCCAACAUGUCCUGGACGAGGACUACAAUAACAAUAUAUUCCACCGUGUCUCACCCGGCUUCGUAAUUCAAACAGGCGAUCCAACAGGAACUGGAGAGGGCGGACAGAAUAUCUACGAGGAUCGGGAAUUCGAGCGCUAUGAUGAAGACUGGGCGAGGGUCAUGGGACGUGAGAAGGACGAGAAGAUUCAGUUCGGGGAUGAAAUACACAGCAGGCUGAAGUUCAAUAGGAGAGGCCUGGUCGGCAUGGCCAAAGGGUCCGGGGACGGAGCAGGUUAUGGAAGUCAAUUUUUCAUUACCUUGGGAGACUGUAGGGCUCAACUUGACGGCAAAUGCACCAUGUUUGGUCGCAUUGAGGGCGAUGGGAUAUACAAUGUGGUCAAAGUCGCCGAGGGCGAAUUACUAGAGGGCACCGAAAGACCAAUGUACCCGGAGAAGAUCAACAAGGUCGAGAUCCUCGAACUACCCAAGGGAGACGCAUGGCAGGAGAUGCGGAAACGAGUCAGAGUAGCGGAGAGAUUUGUGGAUGCCCCAGCAAAGAAGAAAGCGCCCAAAAAGAAAGGCGGAAAGACAUUACUCAGUUUCGGUGGCGACGAAGGUGAAGAUGCUGCCGACGAGAUUGCCGUCCGCCCAAAGAAAGCCAAGUUCAACCCAACCCUGAUCGACGCCGCAGAUGAACCAGAAUCCGCGCCAGUCAAGAAUGGCGCCCUUCCCAAACAACAGCCAGUUCCCACAAAAUCGAAACAGCAAUCACCACCGCCCAAGCCUACAGUCCCGCAGAAACGAAGAGCAAGCCCGCCACGCGCCACGAGAUCUCCAUCUCCAGUCCAUCGUCGGAAACCCUCCUUCCACGACCCAACGACACAACUACCCCUUCGCGACCCGGAGUCACCCUCACGCUCACCCACCCCUGAAGACCCGUCCGCAUCCAAGACAUCCUCACUGCAAGCCGAAAUCGCAGCGCUCAAAGCCUCGAUGCGCCGUAACGUCGCCGCACCCACCGAGACCAACCACAAGAAAUCUGCCCUCGAAUCUUUGAUCCCGUCAACCAGCACCCGAGGCCGCAAGCGCCCCCGUCCCGGCGAUUCCCACGCACAAGACGACGCCAACGCCCUAAAAAUGCUCAAUGCAUUCCGAGCACGACUCGAUACGGUAGAUGGCACUGGAAACAAAUCCGCCAACAAGUCCAACGGCGUGAAGCCUGACGAGCCUAAACCUGCAGAGCCCGAGCCUGCACCGGCGCCCGCCGACGACGAAGAAGCAGCCCUAUGUGACCUCCAUUUCAUAGCAAACUGCCAAUCUUGUUCACGUUGGGACGAAGACGGAGCGAAUCCCAACGCUGGACCUGACGACGACGACGAGCAACAAUGGAUGAGCCACUCACUAUCGUUCGCCAAAGACCACCUAGGCAAAGAUCUGACCUGGAAGAGAAAGAACGAAGAAGAACUCGUGGUAAUCGACCCGCGAGAGCGAGAAAAGGAGCUGAAGUCAGAAAAGAGGCGCGACCGCGAUCGCGAUAGAGUCCGUGACAAAGAAAAGGGGAAGGGUAGAGAUGGACGAUGGUAAGACAGCAACGUCCAGUAAACGGUAAACCUCACCUAUCAAUAUAAAACGCCAAAUCCACCGCCUCGCCACCAU